AUGAAGGCUUUCCUUGUCCUCCUGCUGGGAGCUGUCCUAUGCAUGGACUCAGGUUCAUCCUUGCAGUGUUACAGCUGCAAUUCACAGCUCAGCAACUCCAACUGUCUGACAAAAAAGUUGGACUGCGGUGCCGAUGCAACAUGCAAGACAGAUGUGAUCAGGGUUGUAGGGCUCUUCAGCAUCAUCAGUAAGGGCUGUGAUUCCUCCUGUGCAUCAUCCUACCAAGACUUCAACGUAGGCAACAGGAAUAUCUCCUGCUGCAGCACUGACCUCUGCAAUGUCAAUGCAGCAGGGAGUGUGAGGUCCAGCUAUGGCAUGGCAGGAGGAGUAGCAGCUGGAGUGCUCUGGACCUUCCUGAACAACAAAUUGUGA